UUGGCGAGGACAGACCCGGCGCGCAGGGGCCGCGGACCGGCGCGCGGGGGGGCCGGGGGGCGAGUGGGGUCGGCUUAUCAUGGCGGAUCGGACGGCUCCCAGCUGCCAGCUCCGGCUGGAGUGGGUCUACGGGUACCGGGGUCACCAGUGCCGCAACAACCUGUACUACACGGCCGGCAAGGAGGUGGUCUACUUUGUGGCUGGGGUCGGAGUGGUUUACAACACCCGCGAGCACAGCCAAAAAUUCUUCCUGGGACACAACGACGACAUUAUCAGCCUUGCCUUACACCCAGAUAAAACUCUUGUUGCAACUGGCCAAGUUGGGAAGGAGCCAUAUGUAUGUAUAUGGGAUUCCUAUAAUGUCCAGACUGUGUCUAUUCUUAAAGAUGUCCAUACACAUGGAGUCGCCUGCCUGGCUUUCGACUCAGAUGGACAGCGUUUAGCCUCUGUGGGAUUGGAUGCCAAAAACACAGUCUGCAUUUGGGACUGGAAGAAGGGGAAACUGCUGGCCUCAGCCACGGGCCACUCGGACCGGAUUUUUGAUAUUUCCUGGGAUCCAUAUCAGCCAAACAGAGUGGUUAGCUGUGGAGUAAAACAUAUCAAGUUUUGGACACUAUGUGGAAAUGCCCUGACUGCAAAAAGAGGGAUAUUUGGCAAAACAGGGGAUCUUCAGACCAUCCUUUGCCUUGCGUGUGCCAAAGAAGACAUCACCUACUCUGGUGCUUUAAAUGGGGACAUCUAUGUCUGGAAAGGGCUCAAUUUAGUCCGCACCGUCCAAGGCGCACAUAGUGCUGGAAUCUUUAGCAUGUAUGCUUGCGAUGAAGGCUUCGCCACUGGUGGACGUGACGGGUGUAUACGGUUAUGGGAUACUGAUUUCAAACCAAUAACCAAAAUUGAUCUCAGGGAGACAGAACAAGGAUAUAAAGGCCUCUCCAUACGGAGCGUGUGCUGGAAAGCAGACCGCCUCCUAGCAGGGACCCAGGACAGCGAGAUAUUCGAGGUGAUUGUGCGAGAACGAGACAAGCCCAUGCUGAUCCUGCAAGGCCACUGUGAGGGGGAGCUCUGGGCUCUGGCCCUGCACCCCAAGAAGCCGCUGGCCGUGACUGGCAGCGACGACCGCUCUGUCAGGCUGUGGAGCCUGGCUGACCACGCCUUGAUCGCCCGCUGUAACAUGGAGGAAGCAGUUCGCAGUGUGGCUUUCAGCCCCGAUGGGUCCCAGUUGGCCCUGGGCAUGAAGGACGGCUCUUUCAUUGUUCUCCGAGUCAGAGAUAUGACAGAAGUGGUUCAUAUCAAAGAUCGAAAAGAAGUCAUUCAUGAAAUGAAAUUUUCUCCAGAUGGUUCUUAUCUCGCAGUGGGAUCCAAUGACGGCCCAGUCGACGUGUAUGCGGUUGCCCAGCGGUAUAAGAAAAUUGGAGAAUGCAACAAGUCCCUCAGUUUCAUUACGCACAUUGACUGGUCUUUGGAUAGUAAAUACUUGCAAACGAAUGAUGGUGCAGGAGAACGACUGUUCUACAAAAUGCCGUCCGGGAAGCCGUUAGCGAGUAAAGAAGAAAUCAAAGGGAUCCCUUGGGCCUCCUGGACGUGUGUGAAAGGCCCGGAAGUGAGUGGAAUUUGGCCGAAAUACACGGAUGUCACCGACAUCAACUCGGUGGAUGCGAACUACAACAGCUCCGUGCUGGUGUCUGGAGAUGAUUUUGGACUGGUCAAAUUGUUUAAGUUUCCUUGUCUCAAGAAAGGAGCCAAAUUUAGAAAGUAUGUGGGCCAUUCUGCACAUGUCACCAACGUCCGCUGGUCUCACGACUUUCAGUGGGUGUUAAGCACAGGAGGGGCUGACCACUCGGUUUUCCAGUGGAGAUUUAUUCCAGAAGGUGUCAGCAACGGCCUGCUGGAAACCGCACCCCAGGAAGGCGGCACUGAUUCCUACAGUGAAGAAUCUGAUUCAGAUUUAUCGGAUGUGCCAGAGUUGGACUCUGAUAUUGAGCAAGAAACUCAAAUCAAUUAUGAUCGCCAGGUUUACAAAGAAGAUCUACCUCAGCUAAAGCAACAAAGUAAAGAGAAAAACCAUGCAGUGCCCUUCCUCAAACGAGAAAAGGCUCCUGAGGACAGCCUGAAACUCCAGUUCAUACACGGAUACAGAGGCUACGACUGUAGGAACAAUCUAUUCUACACGCAAGCUGGAGAAGUGGUCUACCACAUCGCUGCAGUUGCUGUCGUGUACAACAGGCAGCAGCACUCCCAGAGGCUGUACCUGGGGCACGAUGAUGACAUCCUCAGCCUGACCAUCCAUCCAGUGAAGGACUAUGUGGCCACUGGGCAGGUUGGAAGAGAUGCUGCCAUUCAUGUGUGGGACACGCAGACUCUGAAGUGUUUGUCACUAUUGAAAGGACAGCAUCAGAGAGGAGUGUGUGCACUCGAUUUUUCAGCCGAUGGAAAAUGUCUGGUGUCGGUUGGUUUAGACGAUUUUCACAGUAUUGUAUUUUGGGACUGGAAAAAGGGAGAAAAGAUAGCCACAACAAGAGGACAUAAAGAUAAGAUAUUUGUGGUAAAGUGUAACCCACACCAUGUUGACAAACUGGUUACAGUUGGGAUAAAGCACAUCAAAUUCUGGCAACAAGCAGGUGGGGGCUUCACCUCUAAAAGGGGAAUCUUCGGCAGCGUCGGGAAAUUGGAAACAAUGAUGUGUGUUUCUUAUGGGCGGAUGGAGGAUCUAGUCUUCUCAGGAGCAGCUACAGGAGAUAUUUUCAUUUGGAAAGACAUUCUACUACUGAAGACAGUGAAGGCUCAUGACGGGCCCGUGUUUGCUAUGUAUGCAUUGGAUAAGGGCUUUGUAACAGGUGGAAAGGACGGCGUCGUGGAGCUCUGGGAUGAUAUGUUUGAAAGAUGCUUGAAGACUUACGCCAUUAAAAGAUCAGCAUUGUCGACUAGCUCUAAAGGAUUGCUUCUGGAAGAUAAUCCUUCCAUUCGUGCCAUCACUUUGGGACAUGGACAUAUCCUGGUGGGAACCAAAAAUGGAGAGAUCCUGGAAAUCGACAAAAGUGGCCCAAUGACACUGCUUGUUCAGGGGCACAUGGAGGGAGAAGUGUGGGGGCUGGCAGCUCACCCUCUCCUGCCCAUCUGUGCAACAGUGAGCGAUGAUAAAACCCUGCGCAUCUGGGAAUUAUCCUCCCAGCACCGCAUGCUGGCAGUACGGAAACUCAAAAAAGGUGGAAGAUGCUGUGCCUUCUCCCCCGAUGGGAAAGCCCUCGCGGUCGGCCUGAAUGAUGGGAGUUUCCUGGUUGUAAAUGCUGACACGGUUGAAGACAUGGUCUCCUUCCACCACAGAAAAGAAAUGAUCUCUGAUAUUAAAUUUUCAAAAGAUACAGGAAAAUACCUUGCCGUGGCCUCCCACGAUAACUUUGUGGAUAUUUAUAACGUGCUUACGAGCAAACGGGUCGGCAUCUGUAAAGGUGCUUCUAGCUACGUUACACAUAUCGACUGGGACUCUCGAGGGAAAUUAUUGCAAGUUAAUUCGGGUGCCAAAGAACAACUCUUUUUUGAAGCUCCGAGAGGCAAACGGCAUAUAAUAAGACCUUCAGAGGUUGAAAAGAUAGAGUGGGACACGUGGACCUGUGUCCUGGGCCCCACCUGUGAGGGGAUCUGGCCCGCACACAGUGAUGUGACCGACGUAAAUGCUGCCAGUCUCACCAAAGACUGCUCCCUCUUAGCCACCGGAGAUGAUUUCGGGUUCGUCAAGCUUUUUUCAUAUCCUGUCAAGGGCCAGCACGCGAGAUUCAAGAAGUACGUGGGGCACAGCGCCCACGUCACCAACGUGAGAUGGCUGCACAACGAUUCAGUGCUGCUCACGGUAGGGGGCGCCGACACGGCCCUGAUGAUCUGGACCAGGGAGUUUGUGGGGACGCAGGAGAGCAAGCUGGUGGACAGCGAGGAGUCGGACACCGAUGCAGAAGAGGAUGGAGGCUAUGACAGUGAUGUUGCCAGAGAAAAGGCCAUUGAUUACACCACCAAGAUCUAUGCCGUGAGCAUCAGGGAAAUGGAGGGCACCAAACCACACCAGCAGAUGAAGGAGGUUUCCAUGGAAGAAAGGUAUGGUGUCGCCAGGGGAUCAAGACCGCCCGUCAGCAGAGCAGCUCCCCAGCCUGAGAAACUCCAGAAGAACAACAUCACCAAGAAAAAGAAACUGGUUGAGGAGCUGGCUCUCGACCACGUGUUUGGCUACCGAGGAUUUGACUGUCGCAAUAACCUGCAUUACCUGAACGAGGGUGCCGACAUCAUCUUCCACACCGCGGCGGCCGGCGUCGUCCAGAACCUCUCCACAGGGAGCCAGAGCUUCUACCUGGAGCACACGGACGACAUCCUCUGCCUCACGGUGAACCAGCACCCCAAGUACAGGAACGUGGUGGCCACCAGCCAGAUAGGAACAACACCUUCCAUCCACGUCUGGGACGCCAUGACCAAGCACACCCUCUCCAUGCUGCGGUGCUUCCACUCAAAGGGAGUGAAUUACAUCAACUUCAGCGCAACCGGGAAGCUGCUGGUGUCGGUGGGCGUGGACCCCGAGCACACCAUCACCGUCUGGCGCUGGCAGGAAGGGGCCAAGGUCGCCAGCCGAGGGGGUCACCUGGAGCGCAUAUUCGUGGUGGAAUUUCGCCCGGAUUCGGACACGCAGUUUGUGUCUGUUGGGGUCAAACACAUGAAGUUCUGGACCCUGGCAGGCAGCGCCCUCCUGUAUAAGAAAGGGGUCAUCGGGUCCAUGGAGGCUGCCAAGAUGCAGACGAUGCUCUCCGUGGCCUUCGGUGCUAACAACCUCACGUUCACGGGUGCCAUCAAUGGAGACGUCUACGUGUGGAAGGACCACUUCCUCAUCCGGCUGGUGGCCAAGGCUCACACGGGGCCCGUCUUCACCAUGUACACGACCCUUCGGGACGGACUCAUCGUGACCGGCGGCAAAGAGCGGCCGACCAAAGAAGGAGGUGCUGUGAAACUGUGGGACCAGGAGAUGAGGCGCUGCCGAGCCUUCCAGCUGGAGACGGGGCAGCUGGUGGAGUGUGUGCGCUCCGUGUGCCGCGGCAAAGGAAAAAUUCUAGUGGGGACCAAAGAUGGAGAAAUCAUUGAAGUUGGUGAGAAAAAUGCUGCUUCCAACAUCCUGAUUGACGGACACAUGGAGGGCGAGAUCUGGGGCCUGGCCACACACCCGUCCAAGGACAUCUUCAUCUCUGCCAGCAACGACGGCACAGCCCGCAUCUGGGACCUGGCUGACAAGAAGCUGCUGAACAAGGUGAACCUGGGCCACGCAGCCAGGUGUGCAGCCUACAGCCCUGACGGGGAGAUGGUGGCCAUUGGCAUGAAGAAUGGAGAGUUUGUCAUCUUGCUGGUGAACAGCCUGAAAGUUUGGGGGAAAAAACGAGACCGGAAAUCUGCUAUCCAAGAUAUCAGGAUCAGCCCAGACAGCAGAUUCUUGGCCGUUGGUUCUUCUGAACACACCGUGGACUUCUAUGACCUCAUGCAGGGCACCAGCCUGAAUCGCAUCGGCUACUGCAAGGACAUCCCGAGCUUUGUCAUCCAGAUGGACUUUUCUGCGGAUGGCAGAUACAUCCAGGUGUCCACAGGAGCCUACAAGCGCCAGGUGCACGAGGUCCCCCUGGGGAAGCAGGUAACGGAAGCCAUGGUCAUCGAGAAGAUCACCUGGGCCUCCUGGACAAGCAUUCUGGGAGACGAAGUCAUUGGCAUCUGGCCGCGGAAUGCAGACAAGGCUGACGUUAACUGCGCAUGUGUGACCCAUGCUGGCCUGAACAUUGUCACAGGAGAUGACUUUGGGCUGGUGAAGCUCUUUGAUUUCCCAUGCACAGAGAAAUUUGCCAAACAUAAGCGCUACUUUGGUCACUCGGCUCACGUGACGAACAUCCGUUUCUCCCACGACGACAAAUAUGUGGUCAGCACUGGAGGAGACGACUGCAGUAUAUUUGUGUGGCGAUGUCUGUAAAGGCCAGAAACCUCUCCCUUUAUUGCUGCUGCUGCUCCCACCCAGCACCUGCAGAGGCAGCGACGAGGCGCCUCCUCGCCACCAGAGGCUGGGCAACGCCUCCAACGCUGCAGGCGCACAAGCUCCGCCAGAGAAGUGGUAAGACUGCACUCGGGGUCUCCAAAACCGAGAUGCCAAGA